CGUGGGGGGCGGUGCGGCGCCCAGGGGAGGGGAGGUGGGCAAGAUGGCGCCCGGCGAGUGAUUCAGCCUAGUUACGUCCAGCGGCCGCUGAGACUUCGGGGCGGGGGGUUCUGCCCCCACUGCCACCCUUCCUCCUCUCCCCCGCCCCCGGAGACCCCCUGUUACCCUUCCUCCCUCUACCUCGGGGUGGGGGUGGGGGAGCGGGCCUGGUUCCCGGGACACCAUGUCGGACUCUGAGGAGGAGAGCCAGGACCGCCAACUGAAAAUCGUCGUGCUGGGGGACGGCACCUCCGGGAAGACCUCCUUAGCUACGUGUUUUGCUCAAGAAACUUUUGGGAAACAGUACAAACAAACCAUAGGACUGGAUUUCUUUUUGAGAAGGAUAACAUUGCCAGGGAACUUGAAUGUUACUCUCCAAGUUUGGGAUAUAGGAGGACAGACAAUAGGAGGCAAGAUGUUGGAUAAAUAUAUCUAUGGAGCACAGGGAAUCCUCUUGGUAUAUGAUAUUACAAAUUAUCAAAGCUUUGAGAAUUUAGAAGACUGGUAUUCUGUGGUGAAGAAAGUGAGCGAGGAGUCAGAAACUCAGCCACUGGUUGCCUUGGUGGGCAAUAAAAUUGAUUUGGAACAUAUGCGAACAGUAAAACCUGAAAAACACUUACGGUUUUGCCAGGAAAAUGGUUUUAGUAGCCACUUUGUCUCAGCAAAGACAGGAGAUUCUGUCUUCCUGUGUUUUCAGAAAGUUGCUGCUGAAAUCCUUGGAAUCAAAUUAAACAAAGCAGAAAUAGAACAGUCACAGCAUAUUGUCAGGGCAGAAAUAGUGAAGUACCCGGAAGAAGAUAAUCAACAUACCAACUCUGCUCAGAGUAGAAUCUGUUCAGUACAGUAGUGCAGAGGGUGGUGAAGGCAGAUAUUGUAAACUACAACCAGGAACCUCUGUCAAGAACUGUUAACCCUCCUAGGAGCUCUAUGUGUGCAGUUCAGUGAGCGCACUGUACCUCUGUACCAAUGGUCCUGGCGGCCCUUCCCCACUGUGUGGCCUGGGGCCUCUAGAAGCUCUGUUAUCAGUGGCCAUCUCUGUAGCAUUUGGUUAACACUUUCCUUCCAGCUCCCUUGGCUCCUCAGCCUGGACAGGAUUCAACUUUGGGAUGACAAGCUUGGAAUCCAAAAUGGAAAGCCCUUUCUCUGGAAUUAGACUGCUUCACUGAAAAAGAAUAAUGUUGGUUGUCUUUACGUUCUCCCUUCUUUUUCCUCCAAUGUAAACUUUUUUAGACAAAUAUGAAAACUAUACAAGUCUUGAUCAACUGCCAGGAUUUUGGCACAAAAUCAUUCUCUCAUCUGAACUCCUACCUGGCAAAUGCAUUUCCGAGUGCAAACAUUUAAACAAGUAAUAUAUUUUAUCUAUAGAUACUUCAGAAGGCAUUCUUUUGCUGUCUAUUGUGAGUAAAAAUAUAUAAAGUUGUAUCCAACUGAAAAUGCUUGAAAUAAAGUUGUAAUAGAUCUAUUUUUUUCAUUUUUAAAAAAAGAGCCUAAAUUGUUUAUAUUGUAGUUGUAGCUCACAAAGUAGUGAGUAUUUGCUGUUGUAUUUUUAUUACUGUGUCACGGUCAUUAUGUAUUGUGUAACACUCAGGUUAGAUGGCUUUCUGAGGUUUGAUAAGUGUUCAGCUGAUGUCUCCUCCAAACUGCAGAAGAGCAUUCUCAGAUGAGUCACUGCUAGUGUUGGAUCAUUGUGGGUCAGACUGUACCUGAUGUUCAGAUGUUCUUCUCCUGCAAAUAAACUUAUUUCAGUUA